UGUAAUAGACACCAGUCGUUUGAAGGCUGCGUGGGAUUCACUGCUUGGGACUAAACUCUGUCAAGAUUUUGCUAUCCGAACUAUUACUUUGGAAAUAGCAGCAUAUACUUCAAGUAAAAAAUCAGCUUCUAACAUUUAUAGCCAUUUCCGUCUGACACCAAAUGCAAUGAUCAGAUUUAUUGUACUUUUUGUUGAGUGGUGCAUCAUUUGUCAGUCUCUGGGUGAUUACACUGAGGGCUCAGCGUCUUCUCACCAUGACACCAAUGAAGUUGUACAUGAGGAUGAGAUUCACUACACCCCUCAGUUGGACUACAAACAUCCGCAGUGGUGCAAUAUACUAAAGCUGUCCAAUGGGGAAGUGUCCUGUUCUUCUCCUCGAGGCGGACACCACCGGGGCUCGCUUGGAACUCGCUGUUCGCUCUCCUGUGUUCGAGGAUAUAAACGGCUGGGACAAUCAUCUGUGCAGUGCAUGCCAAAUCGCCGCUGGUCUGGAUCCGCUAUUUGUCGAAAGAUACGCUGCCAUGUUCUGCCUCUGAUUGACUACGGUAUGUACAGUUGCUCUCGUGGUUUCGUGGUAGACUCCAGGUGUGACUACACCUGUUAUGAAGGCUACCAGAUUGAGGGAGAUCGCUACCGGAUGUGCCAAGAAGAGGGAACAUGGAGUGGCACUGAACCGACGUGUGCAGAUCAUGACCCCCCCAAACUGAAAUGUCCUUUGUCCAGAGUGAAGGUAGCAGAACCAGGAAAACUAACUGCCAUGGUUUCAUGGGAUCGUCCUGUUGCUAAAGAUACCGCUGACAGAGCACUUCAGGUCUUGCGAAAUGGGCUGGAGUCUGGAUCUGACUUUCCUGAAGGAUUACAUGUAAUACGAUAUAGAGUCUCUGACCAGGCUCGCAACACAGCCACAUGCAAGUUUACAGUGCAUGUUGAAGUGAGACGAUGCCCAAAGCUAAAGCCGCCUAUGCAUGGCUAUCUGACAUGCUCAUCGGAUGGCAAUAAUUAUGGGGCUGUAUGUGAAUACCACUGUGAUCCCGGCUUCGAAAGGACAGGUUUUGCAACACGUGUUUGUCAGCUCAAUCGCAGCUGGUCUGAUGAUGCCGCUCAGUGUAUAUUAAUGGCUAUUAAAACAGACGUCAGGUCUGCUGGUGCUCUGCUUGACCAGUUUUAUGAAAAGAGAAGGCUUCUUGUUGUGUCUACUCCAGAAAACGCUAACCAGAAGUACAGGCUUCAGAAUAUUAUGCUGCAGAAAGCUGAGUGUGGUCUGGAUCUGCGACAUGUGACAGUGAUCGAGCUGUUAGGAACUUACCCUCGUGCAGUGGGCCGCAUCAAAGAACAACGACUAGAUCCUGAAGUCAUAGAGGGUCUUAGACAGGCACUGUAUAUAUCUACGGCAUAUUUCACCAUGGUGCUGCUGGAUGAGUUUGGUGUGGAUCGGGAGCGCUUUGUCAACCCUACCACCUCUGAUGAGCUCUACACGUAUGUGGAUGAGUUUCUCCUCACAGAGGAGGAGCUGGAGAGACUGGAAAUGAACAGGGACUUCUGUGACUGACCUCAGUCUGAUCAACUCCAGAUCUGAUGUUGUGGGUGGGUGCCUGUCUUUAUAAUGACAGGCACCACAACAGCCUGUUUCCUAGACAAACAGUCAUUUGAAACUACAUAUUGCAGAUAUUAUUCACAGAGAAUCACAGCUGGAAAUGUGAUUUAGACUGGAAGAGGCCAUGUGAAGAUGCACAAGAUAUUCAAAAUAUUCACAUAUUCUGAAGAACCCAUCUAUAAUCGAGUGUACAGCACACAACGUGGAUUCUUAAAAAUAUUUAAUAUUUAUUACAUGCUGGUAUUUUCAUGUAGCUCCUAAAAAAAAAAAGUGGCUCACAAUGGAGUUAAUCAGCAUUACGAUGUUAAAAUAAAUUGUGUUUAAACAUGGAAAUAUUUGUGGGCCAUUUAUAAAGUGCACAUCGAAAGUGUUAUUCAAACUAAAAUUUUUACUGUCCAUUUUUAAGAACAGCGUUCAAAAAUGAUGUUGUAUUUCAAUACAUCCAUUCAGCUGUAACAUUUAUAGGAAAUAAAUAUAAUUAACGUAUACACAGCACAUUUCCGUAUCAUUAUUUGUGAAUUGCCUUAAAUGUUAAAAAAUAUAAAAGCAUUUUAUGCACGGUCCUAUGCAUUAACCUAAAUAGUCUUUAAAAUAUUACUGUGAUGCAUUAAUGUUCUCAUAUUGCACAGCUGUAACAGCAGCACACAAAACAAACUAAAUGUUGUGGAAUGUGUAACCCCCUGUCCUGAUAAUGGCUUUAGUGGGGGGUAUUGCGAAAUGUCCUCACUUGCCCUUUCCCAUGGACGAGCGCAGUGGAAGAGUGCCCUCUGCCCAAGAGUCAGGGUACUGCAUCAUCUUCUUCCACAGCAAGAUCUCCUCCCCUGUGGAGUCUGCCACCCACUCUUCCUUUCCCUCUUUGAUAUUCACUGUGAAAACAUUUUAGACAUUUAUGUUCCAAAUGAUUUAUACUUCAAAUGCUGUUCUUUGUAUCUUUCUUUUUAUUUUAAAUGUAUCAUGGUUUUCACAGAAAUAUUAAGCAGCACAAUUGUUUUCAACAUUAAUAAUGAUAAUGAUGAUACAUGUUUCUUGAGCACCACAUUAGCAUAUGUGAAUGAUUUCUGAAGGAUCAUGAGACACUGAAUACUGGCUGGCUACUAAAAAUUCAGCUUUGCCAUCAGAAAUUAUUUAAAAAUGUUAAAAUAUAUUAAAAUAGAAAAACUUUUAUUUGAAAUUGCAUUAUUUCAAAUUACUGUUUUUACUUUGUUUUUGAACAUGCAUUAAAGAGAUCUUGCUGAGA